AAGACUGAUGGGCACAGAGUCUAAAAGCACAGUUUGUUUUCCUUAAUCACCUCCCAAUCAGAAAUUGGAUGAACCUUCGGGAUGCAGAGACGGGGAAAAUCCUCUGGCAAGGAACAGAAGAUCUGUCUGUACCUGGAGUGGAACAUGAAGCUCGAGUUCCUAAGAAAAUCCUGAAAUGCAAAGCCGUCUCUCGGGAGCUAAACUUCUCCUCAGCAGAACAAAUGGAAAAAUUCCGACUGGAACAGAAAGUUUAUUUCAAAGGGCAGUGUCUAGAAGAGUGGUUCUUUGAAUUCGGCUUUGUGAUCCCCAACUCCACAAACACUUGGCAGUCCUUGAUAGAGGCAGCGCCAGAAUCACAGAUGAUGCCAGCUAAUGUUUUAACUGGUAACGUUAUUAUAGAAACCAAGUUCUUCGAUGAUGACCUCCUUGUAAGCACUUCCAGAGUGAGACUUUUCUACGUUUGAGAUAAGGGGGCUUUUGGGGGCUGUUUUUAGUUUUCCUCCGUACAGUUCUUGGUGCAGAACCCCUUGCCUAUCCAGUGGAAGACACUUCCUGUAGGUGUGAGCCUGGGGACCAGCUCACCGGGGGUUGUGACGUUUGCCCAUCAGUUAUUUGGUUUUCCCCUCCGACCAAACCCAACCCUGAGAGAUGCAACCAUCAGCUCAGUGAUGGGGGGAAAUAAAGACUCUGUAAAAAUGGGCAAAAAAUGGUUGUGCAGAACCAACACUGUAAAUUAUGUUAGUUUCAUCCUUUGUACUUCUCUGGAUCUUGGUACGUAAUCACUCAUUUCCACUUGCACCUUCUCUCGGCACUUUGUUUUGGAUUAAGUUAACCUUUUCCUUUCCCAUGGUUAGUUUUUUAUGCUUUCUCUGGAUUUCUGUGUAGUGGUCUAUACAUUCUCAUACCCUAAACUUGUAAAAUAGUCUGAUAUUACAUAAUGUAAUUAAAGCAAAUUUCUGAAUUAAAACGUUCGUACCGUCCAAAGAA